AUGAAGCUGGACAACAUAGCAGUGGAGGUUGGAUUUGAUAUGAAUGUGGAUGCAAUUCUAGCUCGAACAGAGCAGUUAGUGAAACUGGAAGGGGAUGCAGUGAUUGAAAAUAAGACUAUGGCAUAUAGCCUAAGAAGAAAGUUGAAGACUCAGAAAGAAAAACUUGAAAGUAGAGAGUUGCACAUAAAUCUUCUGCGGCAAAAAAUAUCCCAGCUGGAGGAAGAAAAGCAAGUAAGGACAGUCUUAGCCGUGGAGCGGGAUGAGGCCAAUCUCACUGUCAGAAAGUUACAUAAAGUGAUCGAAAGGUUACAGCAGCAGCUUGAUCUGGCAAAGGAAGCUAAUAUUGAUCUCAAAGCCAAGCUGUCUGAAACCAAUGAACUUAAGAUCAAAACUUUGGAGCAGAGCAGAACAAUAGAAGAACUUAAUCAGUCUCAAGGCAAACUGCAAAGAAUGAAACAAAAGGCUGAGAAACAACUUACCUCUGUCAAAUCAGAACUUCAUUUAAAAGAGCACGAAGCUAAUGAAGAUAAAGAAAAGGCCAAAAAUAUGAUGAAAGCACUUUCCAGUGAAAUGAAGGUGCUUAAAACAACCCUUGCAGAAGUAGCAAAGAGAGAGAGACAG